AUGAGGCCUGGUCAGAUCACCAGUUCUACAAAAUUAGCUCUUCAGACUUUCCUGAAAAAGAAAGCUGCUGGUAUUGCUAAUGGUGUAAGUGUUGAAGGAAACAAAAAUACAACAGAGCCUGAAGUACAAAUUACUUCACCUGAUGAAGAAGCUGGGGCCCGUGAUGACCAAUUACACUCAAAUCAGGCUGCAAAUAAAGAUAAGGAUCUGACUGAGGUAUCACCACCUUUAGAGAGCGUAAAUGAAAAUGGAAUGGGAAUGGCUGGUGUUUCUGAGUCACUUACUACAAAUUCACUGGAGUCUGCACAGGAAUCCCAGAAAAAAAAGAAAAAGAAAAGAAAGAAAGAAAUGAUGUCAACAACUGUUCAAAGUAAAAAUUUCAUUACACCAUCAACCCAACAGUCAGAUAUUGAACAGCCUAGUGGAGAAACUGGUGUCACUUUGAACCAAGUGGUAUCAACCCCUGUUGUUCAAGAAGUGGAUGUUGUUGUGUUGCCAUUAAAUCUUGAGUCUGAUAAUUCUGAACAAGGGAUUAAACCACAAAAGAAAAAAAAGAAGAAAAAAACAGGUAACACUGAAAACAUUUUGCUUUUAAAUCUGAAGGUAAUGUAAUGUGGCAUCAAAAGUUAGAAAAAAUUAGUAUGGUUAUAACAAUCCAGAGGUAAUCUGUCCUCAAGAGAUGCACGAGUCUGAUUACUGCCAUGCAUUGGUCCAACAACAUUAUUUCAUUGGUACAACGAUUCAUGUGUGCCUUAGGUAGAUUUUUUUUCAUCUGAAAAAUGAUGGUCCGUGGUGUUGUCUUUGUCUCAACAUAAUGUUCGACCCUGUGGUCGAAAGUGAUGUUGUUAAUUAUUAAGAUUUUAUCAGACCUGUGAGGCUGUGCUCUAGCUGCACCUGAUGGCCCUUGGUACCUACCUUUUUCUCCCAGCUGACCAGAAAAUCUUAGUUUUUCUUAAAAGUAUUAGCCAGGGCACUCUAGCUUUGACAGGUUCAAAGUAUUGUGAUCCCUUUUUUUAGAGUACAGCAAUGGACAUUUUAAAUCAGAUUUUGUCCCGCGAUCGACUCUAUAUGCAGCUCUGAUUAGGCUUGAACCUGGGUCAGAGUGACAAAAGGCAAAAAUGCUCUCACUAGUAUGUCACCGUUACUCCCCUAUAGAGUCUUAAAGUGUGACGUCAUAAUAAACUAAAUCUGUGAAAUUAUGGGAUUUGUCGAGAUAUUAUUAAUGAAAGAACAAGAUCCCAAAGGUCUACUUUCCAAACAUAAGCGUUCCAGGGCAAAUUGUCUUUGAGAUAAUAGCCCAGUUAUGCUCUGAUGACUCCAUGCAAAUCCUUCUAAAUUUGACUCAGUUCAUAACAUUAAGAAGCAAGUCAAAUUUAGGAGAAUUUGUAUGGAGUCAUCAGAGCAAAAUGGGACUAGUAACUCAGAGGUAAUUUACCCCACAAUGCUAGUUUUUGGCUAGUAGGACUUUUAGAUGUUGUUCUCUCAAAAUAUCCCAACAAAUUCAAUAAUUUCACAAAAUAAUAAAAUUUUUAUGAUGUCAUCUCGGUAGAACUCUAAUAACAGCUGCAACAGCUGCCUUUGUUAAUUUUGCAGAUCCCAAGCAGCCAAAGCAGGAAAAAUAUUUGUCUUACGACUGUGUGGAAUGUGGCAAACAUUUCCCCAACAAAACAGCUUAUUCAGCUCAUAUGAACAUCCAUUAUGACAGGAGGCCGUACAAGUGUGUUGAGUGUGGAAAGACAUUCCGACAAAGCUCACAUCUUGAGAAGCACAAGUUGCUUCACACCGGUGAAACACCUUAUGUCUGUCAGUAUUGCAACAGAGCAUUUAGAUGUCGAUACAAUCAUCGAGACCAUGAACGAAUCCAUACAGGAGAGAAGCCUUGCAAAUGUAAAACUUGUGGCAAAAUGUUUCGUUGUUCUUCUAAACUCUCCUCUCACCGUAUGUCCAUUCACGGGAUUGGCUCCUCUCGUUACACCAAAAAUGCCAGAUCUGGUAAAGGGGCCUUUUCAUGUAAAAUAUGUAAAAAGACUUUUUCUUGGUCAAGUGCACUUUCGACACAUAAGAAAACUCACAAUGCUGUUGGGACAUAUAAGUGCACUAAGUGUCCAAAAGUGUUCAAGUGUAACAGCAAUUUGUGGAAUCAUUUAAAAACACAUUCUAAAGAGAAACCUUUUGAAUGUGAGCUUUGUGGACAGCAUCUAAAACGGAAAGGAAACCUCAAAAGACAUCUAUUGACUCAGCAUGAUCCUGACGAAGCAGAGGAAUACCUCAAAACGAGUAAGAUGUUUGCAGCUUCUAUUGACAAGAAAUCAAAAUGA